UUAUGAGAUUUGAAUUUGAUAAAGUUGACUCGAAGAUGUGUCCAUACAUAGGCAAGCUGUUACAGGUUCAGAAUGGGACCCCAGCAAACACAAGCUACAAUGGUGUGGACGCCUUGCACGCCUGCAACAUUCUCCAACAGCUCAAAGCUUUGUAUGAUGAAAGGCAGCUGACGGACAUUGUGGUGGAAGUAGAUCACGGCAAGACCUUCUCCUGUCACAGAAACGUCCUUGCCGCAGUCAGCCCUUACUUCAGGUCUAUGUUCACUAGUGGCCUUACAGAGAGCAGCCAGAGAGAGGUCCGGAUCGUGGGCGUGGACUCUGAGUCCAUGCACCUGGUACUUGAUUAUGCGUACACCUCCAGGGUCACACUAUCCGAGUCCAAUGUCCAGGCUCUGUUCACUGCAGCCAGCAUCUUCCAGAUCCCUACCCUGCAGGACCAGUGUGCGCAGUUCAUGAUCAGCCGCCUGGACCCCCAGAACUGCAUUGGGGUCUUCAUGUUCGCUGACGCUUACGGCCACCAGGAGCUGAAGGAGAAGUCCCAGGACUACAUCCGCAAGAAGUUCCUGUGCGUGGUGAAAGAGCAGGAGUUCCUCCACAUGACCAAAGAGCAGUUGGUCAGCAUCCUGAACAACGACGACCUGAACGUGGAGAAGGAGGAGCAUGUGUACGAGAGCAUUGUCCAGUGGCUGGAACACGACCGCACCCGUAGGGAGUCUGACCUGCCUGAGGUCUUCGCAAAGUGCAUUCGGCUGCCACUUCUGGACGAGGCCUUCCUGAAGAAGAUCCCACCCACUUUUGCCCAGGCCCUGGUCAAGGAUUGGACGGACAAGGGGAAGAGCAAUGGCACCAAUGGAUGCCCCCAGCGGCUUGGCAUGACCGCGUCGGAGAUGGUCAUCUGCUUCGACGCCGCGCACAAACACUCAGGAAAGAAACAAACAGUGCCUUGUCUGGACACAGCCGCGGGGAAAGUGUUCAAGCUGUGCAAACCGCCCAAUGACCUGAGAGAAGUCGGUAUCCUGGUGUCGUCCGAGAAUGACAUCUACAUUGCGGGGGGCUACCGGCCGAGCAACAGUGAGGUGUCAAUCGAUCACAAGGCUGAGAGCGAUUUCUGGUUGUAUGAGCAUGCAGGUAACCGCUGGCUGCCCAGGGCCCCAAUGCUGCGGGCCCGCAUCGGCUGCCGGCUUGUGCACUGCUGUGGGAAGCUGUAUGCACUGGGAGGGCGCGUGUACGAGGGCGAUGGACGCAAUGCACUCAAAUCUGUGGAGUGCUAUGACAUCAGAGACAACCACUGGACCGCAGUCAGCCCCAUGCCUGUUGCCAUGGAGUUUCACAGUGCCAUCGAGUACAAAGAUCGCAUCUACGUCCUACAAGGUGAAUACUUCUUCUGCUUUGACCCACACAAGGACUACUGGGGCCACUUGGUUCCCAUGAGUGUGCCCCGUACCCAGGGGCUGGCUGCCCUGCACAAGAGCACCAUCUACUACAUUGCUGGGAUCUGCAGGAACCACCAGCGUACUUUCACCGUGGAGGCCUAUGACAUCGAGCAGAACACCUGGACUCGAAAGAAGGACCUCCCCUUUGACCAAGCCACCAGCCCCUACAUCAAAGUGCUGCUGCUCUACGGCAAACUGCAUCUGUUCGUGAGGGCCACGCAGGUGACUGUGGAGGAGCACGUGUUCCGAACCAGCCGCAAGAACUCGCUCUACCAGUACGACGAAGAGACAGACCAGUGGACCAAGGUCUACGAGACCCCCGACCGACUUUGGGACCUCGGCCGCCAUUUUGAAUGCGUUGUUGCCAAACUUUAUCCGCAGUGUCUUCAAAAAGUGCUCUGAGAGCGAGGGGGACAGUCGUCAGUGUUUAAAACUGUGGGGGGUGUCUGGUUCCACCCCAUGUCCGGUGCUAUCCAUGAGGCAGGACAAGGAGCGGAGAGUCUUAAAGCAUUAAAGAUUCGAGUCAAUAAGAUGGGUGCUUUGAAAGCUUGCAGUAUGUACAACUAUCCAGUCACUACUAAGUACUCAAAAUAAUGCUUUUCAAUGGUACAGGCUGUCAUAAGUGCAAUUAUCAUCUUGUCUGCUACAUGUCUUGAGCCAUUUUGUUAAGUAGCUUUGUAAAAGGGUAGGUUACUUUUUUUUAAUUGGUUUGCAUGCAGUUAUGAGGGAGUGAAUAGAUAGAUACAAUCUAGAAAAUGACAACUUAGGUUAAGUGUCAUCAUAGUAAAAUAUAUAUCUAUAUAUACGGGUAUGAUCAACAGUGCUGCUCACUGUUUGUUUUUUGUUCCAGUUUUAUUAAUUUAAGUACUUCAUGCCUCUUACAGUAAGUUUGUCUUUAGAGGGUUUUAAUUAGUGAAAGUGUGUUAAGGAUUCAGAAUAAUUGCGUGUAAGUUCUGAGUUUAGGAGGCCCCUGUGAUAUUGUUUCUUGAAAAGAAAGAAAAGACUUCUCUCUUUAGGAAAGGAGUUCUGAGGUGUUGCAGCUGUAUGGCAGUUAACACCAUCUGGAAUUGUGUGGAAUUUUGGAUGUUCAUUAAUUUCAGUGAAUAGAUGCAAGCAUAUAGUAAAUAAUGUAUAAAGGUCUGCAUCUGUUAGUUGCAAUAAAUGUCCUCUCAGAAUUUAUCAGAGAAGGGAGGAUAAUAGAUGUUUGGUUUUCAUUAUCUGAAGAAAGGUGUUAAUAUCAAUGUCCACACAUAAAACUGGAAGUAGAAUUUUGCUAUUGGGUUGAGUGGAUGAAUAAGAACCAGGGAGGGUUUUUUUUAAAUUUUAUUACAGUGACUGCAGUUUACUGUAGUUUUGGAGAAGGAAUUAAUGAAGAUUGAAUGGCAUAGUUAUGGGGGCAGUUUGGCUUGCAUUGCCAAAGUAUAACGGGCUUUCAGUAGCAAGCUUUUCAUUGAUGUCAAAUCUCAAACAGAGGGCAUUGUUUUUUUUCCUUUUUCCUUUUAUUAUUUUCUGACUUAGCCAUCAUGUUUGAAUAUUGUCUGUAUCAGAAAUGCAUUGGAAAUACCUCUUAAAAUCUAGGUUGCAUUAAAAUAAGAGUGGUCUGGAAAAAUAAGGUCAGAUCCUGGUAGCAAUAACUUGCAUAUUAUACUGAAGUUAUAACUACAUGAAAGUGCAUUACCUAUUUUUGCAGGCUUGACUAAGGACUUCGAAAUACUACUUAAAGUGGAUGUAGCUAUGUGGUGUAUCAUAGUGUGCUAGGAGAGAGGAUGGAACAAGGUUGACUCACUUGUUAGUGGUUUAUUUAAUUGAAUAUCUGUGUCAUUUUGCCUAUUGAUGAGCACAGACAUUGCACGAAGCCCUGUGUUUCAGCACCCUACACACACACACACACGCACACACACACACACACACACACACACACACACACACACACACACACACACACACACUCACACACUCACACACUCACACAAACAUCUGCUUGGUUCAAGUCAUGGCUGGUGUGCCUCCAAAGUCUUACUCAUAUCUGCACUGAGUUUCUUUGUCAAGAUUCGUGACUGCAAACUUUACGAAGCACCCGUCUCCAGGUUGGAAAGCCGUAUAUGUAUGUAUGGCGUAUAUCUGUUUAUACAUACUGAUACAAGUUAAGGUGGACUUAGUAAUAGAAAACAAACUGAUUUGGUGCUGCUUUUUGACAAUCUUAUGUAGAGUAGAGAGUUGGACUAAACCUUUCAGAUACAGCCAAUGAGGAAUCUUACCCAUUGUUCUUGUGUACUGCAGCGUUUUAAAUAACUUCGGUGAUUUUGUCAUAUGCAGGGGAACUUAUUUUUAUUGUGGCAUCUCGUAUUUGCACUACAUAUUACUAUUGCUUUUUUCAGAACAGAAGCUUCCCCCAAAUAAUAAUAAAUGAAAACUAAAACAAAAACAGAAAGCAGUCUUUGAAAGUAAAUGGUUGGAAUAUGCUUGGUUGUUCUGGGUGUCUGAUUUUGACCCAUUAAGAGGAAAAUGGCAAACCACUCCGCAUAAGUUUGUACAUGAGUAACAAAACUCAUCACAAAUGUUCUGCCAGUGCUUUAUAACCAACAUGAAGCUAAAAGAACAAGACUCUCUAGAGGCUGUUGCUAAGUUAUCAGUGUGUUCUUCCCAGUGGAUAGUACUGUGGGAAGUGCAUGAUUUCUGUAGUACUGAAAUGGACAAUUCUCAGGAUUAUAUCAAUACACAGUACUGUAUUUAAAUGUUUUGCUAUAUGCGUAAUAUACUGUACAAUA